GCCGUCAUUAGCACUUCGCCAUACUUGUGGGUCAACAUUGUGUACAUCCUAUGCCAGUGGAUCGUGUGCUUGAGCGCGCAGACUUUUCGCACAUUUUUUGCACGUUUUGCAAACAUUAUCGCGCAGGAAGGAAGCAAAUAGAUCUCGCAUGGUCAUAUCCUAUCAAGGCUGACCGCUUUGUGGUUGGAUCCCAUACAUAAAUCGAUUACAUAUGUGCAAUAGUCUAAAACGUAUUAGAAGCCUGUGAUUUUGCGCAAAUAUUGUUUUUUUUUCUAAAUAUAUCCAUCUAGCCAUACAUCGUAGAAAAAGUGGAGAAAAGUGUGAUUUGUAAAAAUAACCAUAUCAGAGGAAAAAUUGGUCAGUGAAAAGUGCAACGAAUCAAGAAGAAAGACAAGUGACAAAACAUCGUCCGUUAGAAAAAGUUAAUUAUUCAAGCCGAUUUGUUAAUUUCGAAGAGCUGAUAAUCGGUGCUACUAGACUGAUAGCACGUACUCACCAUCACCUAAAGUAGACCUUUGACGACAAAAGGGGUGACGUCGAGGGAAAUCAACCAUGCAUUCGAUGAUGAUAAAGCAAAGCCUAAUGAUGGAGUACUUGAUGGAGGCGUCCAAAUCGGAGUCCGAUAUGAGGGACAUUGCAGCCAGGAUCUGCCGGGACUAUCUGACUGGCGCCUGGAAGACCAUACCAGCAGAGGAACUCCAGCUGAAACGAAUCAGCGGCGGUUUGUCCAAUUUCCUGUAUUACGUCAGACUUCCCGACCAGCAGAAUGGCAGCUCCCCGAAGCCCUCGAGCCAGUGCUUCAAACGGGCACGCAAGGACAGCUAUUCCAACAUGCUGGAACCGAAAGAGGUCUUGCUACGCAUUUACGGCCAGACGCACGGUGAAAGUGCUCUAGAAUCAAUGCUCACUGAAUCGGUUGUAUUCACGCUUCUUAGCGAGCGUAAACUGGGACCAAAGCUGCACGGAAUCUUCCCCGGUGGAAGAAUUGAGCAGUAUAUACCGGCACGUGCAUUAACGACAUCGGAACUGAGUGAUCCGAAAAUUUCGCUGAAGAUCGCGGAAAAAAUGGCAGCCAUCCACAGCUUGGACAUUCCGGUUUCCAAGGAGCCGGACUGGCUAUGGAACACCAUGAACCGAUGGCUGAAGAGUGUCGAGACUACGCUGGAGACGUUCCGGAAGGACCGAACCAACGGUAACAAACGGAUCGACGGUGACGAGAUCAUCACUGACCUAAACCUCCGGGUGGAAGUCGAGUGGCUUAAGUCAGUUAUCGAUAGGGAAGACCAUCCGGUUGUAUUCUCACACAAUGAUUUGCAGGAAGGUAAUAUCCUGUUGAGAGAGGAUUUCUCGCCUUCGAACGGCUUGGACAGCUACUGCACCCUGGACCAAUUCGAUGAAUCCGCGCAGUUAGACUCUCACUUUAGUUCAAUUCUAAUUUCCAAUUCUAAUAGCAGCGCGCCCGCUUCCAAUAGCAGCAAAGUCGACGUGAAUGGUUCCGUCGACACUGCAAGUAGCGACACCGCAAGCGCAAUCAGCAAUGGAAGCAGGAAUCCAAGGAAACGAUCUUUGGACGAACCGAUCGAAAGUGAGAUGGACAGUACACGGGACUCGGUCCUCAGCGGAACCUCGCAAUCGCUAUCCGAUCAACCCUGUGAUGGAGAACCCGAGCUUAUGAUCAUCGAUUUUGAAUAUUGUGCCUACAACUAUCGCGGUUUCGACUUGGCCAACCACUUUCUUGAGUGGACCUUCGACUACACCAACACGGCGGCGCCUUACUUCUAUCACAGGCCGGAGCAGUACCCGACCAGGGAGCAACAGGACAAGUUUAUUGCAGUGUAUCUAGCGAGGACGGCCGCCGGCUGCGGGGAUGGACAGGAACCGAACGCCCUGGAGAUUGAGGAUGUGCGCCGAGAGGUGCAGUGCUUCACGCUGGCAUCGCACCUGUUCUGGAGCCUGUGGGCGAUUGUCAAUGUGUACCAGGAGAUCGAGUUUGGAUACUGGGAAUACGCGAUUUGCCGUUUGAACCAGUACGUCCGAUGCAAGAAACUCUACACCGAGCUGAUCAACAAUUCCGGAAAUCUACCCGUCACGGAUCCGGAAAAGUAAAAAUAUCACACGUCUUCUGUUACUGAAUUUCGAAUGAUUCCUUCCUUCUGCAACCUCGUACGCCUAGGAGGUAAGAUUAGAGGGGAUACCCAGCAACGUUUCAACUACACGCAAAAAAAAACACCCACAGUCCACAGAGUCCAGUAUAGCUGCUCGGCUAGCACAAAAGCAUUGGCACGCUGGAUCACCAAAAAAAAAUGCCUAAAACCGAAUCGAAUGAUAUUGAUGUGAAAUCUGUACUAAGCGGAGCUAGCGAUACACUCACACGCGGUUUAUAGAACCCUUCCUCGGGAAUGGCAACUGUGCUUAAAGCGGACGAUACACGUGUCCUACGCCUGGUUGGGCGCCAUGACUUGUAAUUGUACCAGUAUUAGUGGCCAUUACUUUUACAGUUUAUGACAUACACCCACACACACAUACGGAAGGGGACAGUACGUCGUAGCAACUCGAAGCGCGUUUAUUAAGAAGAAAAUCCAAGCAUUUCCACCUGAGUAGUAACUACUGAUUAGAACUCUUUUAUCUUUUAACGUUUAUCAAUAUUUAUGACUACUGAAAGUAAAAAAAAAUAGAAAAUUUAGAAACUAGCUAUGCCGGUUUAUUUUUGAACAUAGAAUUUAAAUGUUGUGAUAGGAAAAGGUUGUGCUACAUUGAACAUUGAAUUUAAAUCUAACUGUAAACUCGUCUGAUUCCUCACCCUCGUUCCAUAUUAAAUCCCUCUUUCAAGCCAUUUUAUUCUAUCAGAGAGAAAUAGACGUAACACAGUAAUUGGUUGCAACGUGGUUUUAAAAUAGUUUUAAGGUAGUUAUACAACGAAAUUCUGCUCUAAAACUGCGAUGCAAGCUAAAGUAUUACAAGGGAGGUGGACAAAGAACUAAGCGUCAUCUUAAUAUCAUUGGUGUACCGGCAGUGGUGCCUGCUCUAUUAAGAAUCUCUGCAAUAUUAUCAAGCAAUCAUAAUACGAAGAUAUUUAGGAUUUGUUUCCAGAAAUUCAAGAAGUUGUCCCAUAAAUAUUUCCGUUAUUUUGUCUAGCAUUCAUUCAGAAAUUUGCUUGGUUUUCUUUCCACAGAACAUUGUUACGCAUAUGUUACGUCUGUCUGUCUGUGAUAUCACCGAAAUAACCAGUGCACAGUGGGAUAAAAAAAGGCAUAAAACGCGAAAAAAUUCAAUACCUUUGCUCGGGUUGGAUGGAAUUGGAAGAAUUUUUGACACGAAUUGCCAAAUACUAUAAAGAGGGUGUCAGAAUGAUAUCCUCUCUAUCGGAUUAUAGCGAUAUUUAGCAAGAAUUCAUUCAAUUGUAUUCACUUCAAGCAAAUUGAAAUAAUUUUCAUCUCCCAACCUUUUUGCCCCAUUGGACAGCGGUUCAAGUAGUUCAUAUUCCAAUAAAAACGACAUUCAAUUCUACCAAUGUAGCACACAAACGAUCAAGUCACGUGCAGCAAACCAUAGAGACUUAACGCAUAUUAUACUAGGAUGUUAAAACAGUGCGACUGACAGUAGCUAGGCUUACGAUUUGACCUGUGAACGAAUAAUCUUAAUGAUAUUUGAAAGCGAUCGACUUAUAUGCAAAGAAGUUUCUAUUUCGGGGUUGUUAAAAUAAUUUAAAAACUGAUUCAACUAGCCUAUUGUCAAAAAAUGAGUCCCAAAACAUAUCGAUGAUUAGACCUUAACUUGAUGUAAGACUUUCAGGAGAUUUUUUGAAAACGGAAACAAUGUGAUUAGAGGAAAUCUAAAAAAAAAAACACAAAUACAGUGGAAGCCAAAUCGUGAAAUCGGAAAAUUUUAAAUUGUUCGGAUAGUACUCGCGCAGAGCAGCCUGCAGAAGCUUUUCUCUUAUAUCUCUUGGCGUGAGAAUACAUACAUGCAUCUCAGAGGCGAAAACAAACAAAAAAGCGGCUGAAUGCCAAAGUACCCAUAAAGUAUGCAAACAUACUGCGCUCCCUUUUGCGAUAUUUAACUAGUAAUUUAUAUAGUAAGCCAUACGUGUAUAAAUUUUGAUGUUAUCGAUUUUUUAUUUUUCUCAAUAAAGGUAUAAAAAGA